CAGAUGGCAGCUGUAACUUUUGGGUAUUGGUACUUUGGGUCCCUGCUCACCCCAUUUCUCUGUGGUGGUGCCUCCCUGCUGCCUUCCCCCACUUGGAUCCUGCUGGUCCACCUUUGCCUACUUUGGACUAUUUCUGAAAUGACUUAGCAGGUUCUGGGUGCCUUGGGAACCAGCGCUGCUUGGGCUCGGAUCGCAUCAACACCGGGUAACGGAGAAGAGAGCAGAUGAGGUUUUGGCUGUGAGACCCCCAGGCAUAUCGAGAGUGGUGCCAGGCUUCUGAUGCUUUCUUUACCUGUCGAAAGAAUGUGCUUCUGGCGAAGAGCACGUCCACCCAGAUAGAAGGCAUCUUUGCUGCAACCAGAGGAAAUUCGGUCCAGGAAGAGCAGGAAGCCCUACUCCAGCAGUGGCUGGAAGAAGGAGCAGGGAAUCUGCCAGCCAGUGAGAGUGCUCCAGCAGUGGGGAAAGUAUCAGCAACGCUCACUAGUGACUGGUUAGAAGGUUCAGAGCUAUUGAUGAGUAGCCUUAGCGACCUGAACUCGGCUCCAGAAGUCACGUGGUGUGCCGGUCAGCAGCUCACGGAGCUAUGUGCCUUGGCUUCUUCAGAACCACCAGACCAUGCAGUGACUAAACUGGAAAAACUACCAGCAGAGAAGACAGUAGCUGUAGUAGGCAGCGCUCCGUGGGCAGCUGUGGUGCCACAGACGGAUCACCAGAUGGUUGGCUGUGCCCCUAUCGGUGUGGGAGGGCAGCAUGAAGACCCGGCCGUGCUGGCAUGGAGCUUAGCAGGUGGUGCAGAGAUGGUGCCAACAGAGCCCCCUGCCUGGCCCGUUCAGGAUGCUGUACAAUUUUGUCCCCUCCUGGAGGAGGUACCCUACCACGAAAUUUUAUGGAGAGACUGGGAGGAUCUUUCUGUCCAGCCUUGUGAGCUAGAGCAGGCUUCAAAAACCCCUCCUCUCUUUGAAUUUCGAGUCAUGUCUUACAACAUCCUGGCCCAGGACCUGGUGGAACAGGGCCAUGAUCUUUACAUACACUGUCAUCCGGACAUCCUGAACUGGGACUACCGCCUUCCGAACAUUUUACAGGAGAUACAGCACUGGGAUCCUGAUGUUCUGUGUCUCCAGGAGGUGCAAGAGAACCAUUACUGGGAGCAGCUGGAGCCAACGUUCAAGAAGAUGGGCUUUGCUUGCUUCUAUAAACGGAGGACUGGGAGAAAGACCGAUGGCUGUGCGGUGUGCUUUAAGGACAGCAGGUUCCAGCUGAUCAGCGUCAGCCCCAUAGAGUAUUUCCGUCCUGGCCUGGACGUCCUCAAUCGGGAUAACGUGGGCUUGGUGUUGCUGCUACAGCCUCUGCUCCCAGAGUGUCUGGAUCUGAAGGCAGUCAGUCCUCUGUGCGUGGCCAACACUCAUGUGCUGUUCAAUCCCCGGCGGGGAGAUAUCAAACUUGCCCAGAUGGCCUUGCUCCUAGCAGAGAUCGACAAGAUUGCAAAAACUCCUGAAGGCAGCUACUAUCCUGUCAUCUUGUGUGGAGACCUGAACUCUGUGCCUGAUUCUCCACUUUACAAAUUCAUCCGCAAUGGUCAGCUUUCCUAUCAUGGGAUGCCAGCCUGGAAGGUGUCCGGUCAGGAAGACUUUUCCCAGCAGUUGCAUUCACGGAAACUGGUGGCCCCUCUGUGGCCGUGUUCACUGGGUGUAACAGACAACUGCCAAUAUGUUACACGGUGCCAGCCAAAGAAACAGGGCAGACGUAAGUACAGCCGGGACUUCCUGCUCCAGUUCCAUUUUUGCGAUAUUGCCUGUGAACGACCACCACAACUAGUCCUCUUGGAAGGUGUGACAGAUGCUAAACCAGACCGCCCUGCAUACUGGCCCAAGCACGCUGCUGUAGUGAAUGACCCCGAACUCCAGCCACUCAUCCCAAGGUCUUCAGGUGUUAUCCAGCAUGGCCUCAACCUGACCUCUGUCUACAGCCACUACCUGCCACAGAGGGGACGCUCAGAGGUCACAACCAUGCCCAUGGGACUCGGUGCCACCGUUGAUUAUAUCUUCUACUCGGCAGAGCCUGUGGAAAAUGGGAGAAGAGGGGGUCGCAGGCUGUACCGGGAUGGAGUCCUGAAGCUACUUGGCCGCCUUUCCCUUCUCUCUGAAGAUGUCUUGUUGAUGGCAAAUGGCUUACCAAAUCCUUUUUGUUCAUCUGAUCAUCUCUGCCUGCUGGCUAGCUUUGGCUUGGAGGUCUCCAGCCUCAGAGAGGGUUAGUGAUGGUCCCCUUUCCCUAAAGAAAAGCUGUUUUGAACGCAGCGGUUUGAGGCUCUGGAUGCACAACCUGCUUGCAAGAAAACUCUUAUUUUUGUCAUGCCCUCAGAGUCCUUUUCUCCCAUUACACCCUCAUAAAAACAAGGGAUGAAAGAGUUGGAGCCCUUCCUGUGUUGGUAUUUUGUGGGUCUCUGCAAACCUGAACUCUGCUUCCAGUGGGCUUCUGGUUAUGUUCAGGCAUUGUCAUCUCUUAAAGGGAUCCAUGUUCCACAGCUUCAUUUAACAGAUGUGUUAGUGCUGCAGGAACCAACCUCACUCCCGUGUUUAUUUGUCCUGUGACAAGAUCUUCAGGGACUGGGGAAAUAGGCAAUGCUGUCCACUUCUGUUUGGUUCAUUGCUACCAAGCAGCAGGGCAUGUAUACACCAAUAUUUUUUUCACACCAAAACAAUGUUUCUUUUAAUUUCUGGGUGAUAGGUUAUAGAGCGUGGUCCUUUGGGAACUAGUGGUGUUGCCUUUGGGAGCAGCGGUUCUGCUAACUGCUUAGAAAUUGCUUUUACUUAAUAAUUAUUAAGGGCUGCAUUGCCGGCAGUAAAAUUUGUAUAAUUGACCCCUUCCAUCAAGAAGCUUGUCUAGUGGUCCAGGGAAGGGGAUUGCUUGGAAUGGAGGCAGGGAUUCUACAGAGCCACCCACAGGAGCUCUAGAUCCACAGCAAGAGCCUAGAGGCCUUGGGAAAGGCUCCCUUCCUUUCUGGCAGUCUUGGAGUGGUUCCUAGGAAACUUGUAGGGAGAAGCUCAUCCCAGUGAAUGUCAGAUGAAGAAAACUGUCCUGUAAGGUGUAACGACCCCAGGAGUCUACAGCUCCCAAAAGGGAGAUGAAAAUGGAACGUGUAAAGACGAAACAGACAUUGAAUGGAAGAGCUGAAGAGAUUCUCACUUGCCCUUCUUUUUCUGUGUUCUCCCUGUUCUGUUUUGCCUUUCGGGACAGAAAACCAACCUAUGGCAUCCUCCUGGGCCAGGCUCCCAGCUUUCUGAGCUAGCCAUGCUUAGGUAGAACCCAUAAGACUGACUCCUGUCUCGUGACAGACGUUGGGAGGGAGGGAAGGCUGUGUCCUUGGAGGCAGUCACUUGGAUCCCAGUGUACCUUUGAUGUCCUGUUAGUGUAGUUUUCUCAUCAGUGUCCUGGACAGCACGAAUACAACAGAACUGUGCCUGUUCCUGGGGCAGAUUCCCUAGUUCAGCAUGACUUCUGGUGCUCAGUUUUGCUGUAAGAGAAGGGAGCAAUAUUGACAGAAACAUGUCUAACAUUCUGUUCACAAAUGGGGCUGGGAAAUCCCGUCCUGCCUCAGUCAGAUUUUUGUGAGAGCGUACAAAAAGACUUUAAAUACCAUUUCCUCUUUUUGUGUCAUACUGGGGAGUUUCAUAUUUUAAAUGUUACUUUCUUUAUUGAAAAAUAAAAUGUUUCUAACUUAAGAAAAAACAAACACAAAGUAACUGCAGCAGCUUGUGCUCCUGGUAGCUAAACUCUUUGAAGACUUGCUCAACAAGGCGCUUCUGGCUAGGAUAUGAAAGAGGAGAACAUGAAUUAGCUACACAAGACAGUAAUGAUGGGUGAUGAGAGGGAAGAAGUGGCUUUAGCUGUUGUCUCCUAUUGCAUCCUCAGAUCCCAGAGGUGGUCUAUUUAGCCUCAGCGGUUAUCUUGCAAAAUGGGUUGCAUUCAAGAACCGUUCCUUCUUCCAAAAAAAAAACCAAAUGCUGCUGAUUUCUGUAAGUCACAGGAACAAGGGGUGGGGGCUGUGUUCUGUCCCCAUAUGACUGCAUACAAACUGCAUAUCCUUGCCCCUGCCACAUGGUGUGGCAUUUGCUUGGUGACGUGUGGAUGGCUUUGGCUGUACCAGCUGGGAUAACGUGUAGGAAUCUGUAUAAGUGAACAGAAAUCUGGGGGUGAGUAUGUUUGCAGCUUUAGUUUGCCCCAAGUUUCACAGGUAAUGGCUCUCGUCUAACACUGGUGUGCUUGUGCCUGGGGAGGGAUGCAGAGCUGUGUGUUUCUGUGGAUGGUUUGUUUUGAGUGCUGCACUAAUUCGUGUAGGUAUUUUAACUUGGAUUUUGUUAUUGGUUUUAUUUGUGAAAGGAGGGGAGGAAAGGGAAAUCUGUGCAACUAGGAACUUUAUUUUUCUGCCAGGCUGUUUGCAGGUUGCCAGAAAGCAGCCUGGUAGCAGAUAACUCCCACCAGCUGGUAACAUUGGAAAGGGAAACUGGGAAGACCCUGAAGGUUUAAAAACAACCCAUCAAAAGCAAAACAAAAAAACACUGUGACGCAUAGUGCUGCCACUUGAAAUGUUAACCUUCUGCUUUGGUUGUAACUGCUGGCCUGGUCUGAUGGUCAGGUAAUGAAGGGUGGGAGGGGUGUGUGUGUGUGUGACAAGCCUGCUGCCCCUCUGCCCCACAUGCACAGUAUGCUGUCAGAUGAGCUGGUUGCCCAAGCACCCUGCCAGUUUUGUGAUGUGGCUGAGGCACAGGAACUGUGCUUGAGCAUCACAAGUGCUUCUUCCAUUACAUUUAGACCAAAGACUUGACUUUUCUUCUGUGUAUCUUGCAUGAAGGCAUCUGUCGUGAGGCUUUAAGGUUCCAGAUAUAUUUUGUUGGAAAAUCUGUUUCACAGGUCAGCCUAACACUUUUUUUUUUUUUUUUUCAAUACAUGAAAUUGUAUGGUAUGUACUUGGAAUGGUUAAGCUGCUGAACACUGUGGAUAUAGAGCCAUAUGCUUAAAAACCCCAGGACAAUGCCUGCAAAUCUUCCAUUUCUUCUUUCUGAGGAUUAGAAAGGUCAAUCUUGUAGCUCCCAAAGCCUUGGCUCACGUAUGUUUCCUUGGGCAUUCAUAUGUUUCCUUGGGCAUUUGUGGGUGAAACUUGCAGAAAUGCAGGACCAUUACAGUUGAUUGCUGUGGUUGUUUUGAUUACUGUCCCUGUAGCUCUGCUGUAGACCCUACAGACUUGCCCUGUUUCAGGAAAGAAGAAUAGCUGCUCUAGAGCAAUUCAGAGUUGGGAGACCUGUGAGUGCCUCUGGCUGUUGGAGACUAUAGGGGGAGUUUGUGGGUGGGGUGGAUGGAAAUAGUCCCUGCCACCAACAUGGCAGCUAUUACAUAGUUGUAGGGGGAAAAUAAUGCAUUCUCUGAUGCUUUGAGAAUAUCACAUAGUGAUAUAAUAACAGACUGUGGUAAUGAGCAACUGGAGGUGGGAAGCAGAAUUAAGAGAUUACACUCUUAGCACUGUUUCUUGACCUAAGUGUCUGAAUAUUUGCAAUUAACAUGGCUUUCUGAUAAAUUACAGAGAGGCAUGUAAACAGUUAUGAACUAGAAUAUUUACAAUCAGAAAGAGGUGUUACGGAGGUAGGUUCUACCUCAUAUUCUCAGUAGUGAUGUAGAGAGAGCUCAGGGAGAUUGGUACUUAGGGAAAGGGAUGCCAGAGACCACUGGCAGCAUGCAUACCUACCCUAUAAUCAGUCUCCUAAGCUGCAGGGACGUGCAGCUGUAGAGGCAAACACAGAUUUGACAAAGUAUCUUAGCUAGACAACAGCUUAAAUUGCACCACAGCUGCUAGGCUGUAAUUAAUUACACCAUUUAGAUGGAAGUCCAACUUCUUUAGCUUUCUCAGAGUCAUAAGUCCGUCACUUCACGAGGAUGCCCUUUAUAAUCAGUUCCCCAAAAUAUAUGGGAUGGGGGAGUGGUAAACAGUGUAAUUGCUCUAAUUUCUGUCCUUUUGUCAAUAAAUGAACCUUGGCUGCUGCUUGA